UGCCACAGUUAUUUACGUAAUCGAUUGAGUAGCAUCAAAAUUACAUGUAUCCGUGCUCUCGAGGUUACUAAUGGUGGUGCUUUACAGAGGAGGACACUCACUGAUACAGAGGAUGAUGAUGCGCAUAGUACGGAUGAUCAUGCUGCUGAUACAAUACGGAGGAGUGAGCCGCUGAUAUGAUAUCAUGGAGGAGCAAGCCACUGAUACGAUACGAGGAGUUGCUGACGAUGCCAUACAGAGGAGAGAGCCGCUGAUACGAUACAGAGGAGCCACUGAUAUGGAGGACACUGAUAAGAGUUGCUGAUAUGGAGGAGCCGCUGAUACGAUACGGAUGCUGGUGUUUUGCUUGUUUUUUGCUUGUUUCCCCCCUGCAAAUCAAUAUUUCUAUGGUAUUUUCUACUUGAGUUUGUACUAGAAUAGCAAUCAAGAUCAGUUUUUAAUGAAAACUGGUCACGAUUUUGGUCAGUGCUUGUACUGUACUUAGUAUCAGGGGUUAGAGAAGGGAUUGGUUACAAGUACUGGUUACAAAAUUCAGUCCGUGCGGUGUGUAACCAGCUUUUUGUGUGUGUGUACUUAAGCAAAAAAUAACUAGUCUUUGUUAGUGUUAGUUUUUUGUAACGCAGUAACUGAGAGUGCGCGGGUACAUGUAAUUUCGGUGCUACUCAAAGGUUACGAGUACGAUGCAAUUCUUUCUCCUCAAAAUUGUCCAUUUGUCAUAACGCGACAGAAGUCUAAUAAACUGUCGAGAUUUCAUUGCCACACUACUGUACUUCUCAUGAUAAAAGACAUAUUGAAAGGCUACCACAGCAACUUACCGGAGUUCGUCCAGGACAUUUUCGACGAAGAUAAGGUAUGGAUAUUGAAUAGUGGAGAUCGAAGUUUCGACGAUCUUUUUGCUGACUGCCGCAGUUUGACCUUUGAAGAUUUUUAUUCUAUCGUGACGGAAGGCGUUGUGUUUGUCACUCCAGACACGGCAAUUUCAGGGUCCUCCGACACUCCGUCCCACCAUCAAUACACUAUCGACAUGACAUUCAUUUUUUCGACAACAACAUGUAAUGAUAUUAAAAGGAUCCUACACAUAUCAGGAGUUGAUGCAAAAUCAACAUCUCCGUCUCUCAAUUUUUUACUGCGUCUCGUUUUGGAAAGUCAUAGCAAAGACGAAUUUACUAGCAAAAGCAGCAAUGUCGGAGUAAUCUUGAAAUGCUUUCCUAUGACGCCGCGCCAACAACUUGGAUCGCUGGAUCUAUCCCCACCUAAAGGUAGAACAAAUCUUAAACGCAAGGUCUCAUCACUAGGACAAUCUGCAUGUUAUGAGACAGAAAGCAGAAUUGAUCUCGAAUUCCGAUUUUUAGCCUUAAACAAGGCACACUGUGAAUCAAUUUUCUGCGGGAAUAGUUCUGUUGUUUCAUGUGUGAAGUUCAGCCAGUGUGAGAUUGAUGGGUGGAAGAUACACAACGAGAAAGUCAAAGAAAAAGAUCCCAACGGUACCAUUUUAAGUACUGAUCGAGGUGCGAUGCCCAAAAAGUUACUUCUCAGCUGCACACAGAGCGAAUUUCGAAAAUUUGCAGAAGGAAAAUUGCUGAUGUUCAACAAGACAACCAUCCGCGAACUGCAUCUCGUGUUACACUUUAUGAUGGAGGAUUUGGAUGUACAUCAUUUGAUAUCUACCCUCGAGACGAACCAAAGUCUUGAGCAUCUGAGUAUCGAAUACUUGGAAAUGGACGACGAGGUUUGGGCAGGCGUGUGCAAAGUCCUCCACAACCAUCCAAAAUUAAGCUGUCUUCAGUUGGCUUAUACGGAAAAGUUUGCUGACAACUAUCGUCGCCUAGAUUCCGAGCGCCGUCGGACUCGCACAAAGGACGUAUUGGAAUUGCUUAAAAAAAACAGAAACCUUCAGAAAAUUCAAUGGCCCAAAUUCCAGCAAGAUGAGACUCUGAUAGCUGACGUUGAGCGACUCCUAAUCGAAAACAAGAAGCGUGCUGCGGAGUCCACCUGCUAUCUUGAGAUAACAAGAUAGUGCGUGCAACCUGCCUGUAGCAAGAAAGCCACAAUGUACUCAUCUUUACUCUAGUAUGGUUUGAUGUACAUACCUAUCAGGUGUAAUCUACUUCUCCUAAGUUUCUUGUAGAAACAAGAGGACCGAAGGGGAAAAAACAGAGACCUUUUUUCAUUGCUUUCAACAAAGCAGAACAGAGAAAGUUUUGGAGCAUCAACAACUCCGACAGAAAAACCAUAUGUGAACUACGAUUCUUAAAUCGCAGGAAGCAUUAUAUGGUGCAACUUCGCAGAAGCUUUCUGAUUUGCCCCUUAAAUUUUUCAUUACUUUUCACAUMUUCCAAUGUGAUUCAUUGAGGGAAACCUUCCGUGCAUUAGCGCAAGACAGAAUUGACCGCCUCGCCUCAGAAGUAUUUACUUGGUGAUCAUUUCAAGAGCAAGUCCCAUUUGACUCACCUCAACGACAAGGUGAAAACGAGUAAUUUUGUUUGGUCGAUCUCAACUAUCCUUUCGUUUCUUACUGUGAUUUAGUGUCAAUACUACGAUGUAACGACCUGCGUGCAUUGAAUUUAAGUAAAAAAAUCAGAACAUUACGUAUUUGCGAAUCACAAAAAGUAAACUCACCAACAAGUACGAGUACGCGUAAUCAAAGUAAAGAACUUCGCAUUUACAUCUCGAAUUCCAUUGUUUCUGAACCCGAAUUACAAAUUCUAUUGUGUUGACGAACAGACGUCGCGCGACAUGAUGGAAAAUAAUUAUAUUGGCCAUCAUAAACAUAUUUGUGGAAUAUUUGUCAAUGAGUCCUGAAUGGAAUUCCUGAAUACAAGACCGAGAAUAUU